AUGUUUCAUUAUAGUAAAUAUGGUCAUUUCUACGCUUACGCAACUAGUCAAGGCAUACAAGUGUUUGAUUCCUCCUCGUUAGAUCAAAUUUGUACGAUCGAAAGAUCCAACGUGAUUGAUUUUUGGUUUUCCCCUCAAGGCAGUUAUAUUGCCACUUGGGAACGACCCUCCAAACUUGAAAAUGGUGCAGCUGCCAAUAACUUGCUUAUUUGGGAUGCAAAAACCGGUACAGAAGUAGCCGCCUUUGUGCAAAAAGCACAAAGUAACUCAUACUUCCAAUGGACAGAUGAUGAAAAGUACUGUGCCCGCAUGGUAACAAAUGAAGUGCAAUUUUGGGAGAGCAAGAAUAUGGGAAAAUCUGUUUGGGCAAGACUUCAACUUGAGGGUAUUUCUCAAUUCUCCUUGAGUCCUGGUAAAGCUCCUGCCAUUGCUGCAUUUAUCCCAGAAAAAAAUGGUGCACCUGCCAUUAUCCGUAUGUACAGUGUUCCUAAUUUCAAGACUGCUAUUUCCAAUAAGACAUUUUAUAAGGCUGAUAAUGUUGCAUUGCAUUGGAAUGAUUUGGGCACCAAUUUACUUGUAUUAACAAUGACAGACGUUGAUAAGUCUAACAAAUCUUACUAUGGUGAAACAAAUUUAUACUACCUUGCUGUUGCUGGUAAUUUUGAUUGUCGUGUUCCUCUUGACAAAGAAGGUCCUAUUCAUGAUGUCACUUGGGCACCUGAUUCCAAAGAAUUCAUCGUAGUCUACGGUUCCAUGCCUGCCAAAACUACUUUGUUCGAUCACCGCGCCUCACCUGUGUUUGAUUUCGGCAUCAAUCCUCGUAACUUUGUUCGUUUCAAUCCUCAGGGUCGUACCAUCUGUAUUGCCGGCUUUGGUAAUUUGAAUGGUACCGUCGAUCUUUGGGAUAGAAAGACUUUAAAGAAGAUCAAUACCAUUGCCGCUUCCAAUUCUUCGCAUUGUGAAUGGUCACCUUGUGGUCGCUUCCUCUUAACAGCUACCUUAACGCCUCGUCUUCGAGUUGAUAACGGUUUCAAGUUAUGGCAUCACUCAGGUACACUUGUGUAUGAGGAAGCUAUUGAUGAAUUAUACCAAAUUGGUUUCCGUCCUGAGCCUGCAUCUCGUUAUCCUAUGCGUGCUAUUUCUCCACCUCCCAACCCUAUCAAGGUACUUCCUUCUAAGGGCACUGGUGCCAAAGCGUCGGCCCAACCUGCAGGUGCUUAUAGACCUCCUCAUCUUAGAGGUUCUGCUACUCCUACAUCGCUUUCUGAUAGAGCCGCUGCAUUAGAAGGUAUUGGUAGAGGACCCAAUACACAACGUAGAGUAGUAGGUGCAAAGAAAACUGGUGGUAAUAAUAAUAAUAACAAUGGUAAUGCAAGACAAUCCACCAAACAACCUCAACAACAAGGGCAAUCUCAGUCUACUAUAAGUGAUGAAGAAAAACAGAAGAAAAUUCGUAACUUGGAGAAGAAGUUGAGACAGAUACGAGAACUGAAAGAAAAGAUGAGCAAAGGAGAAGAAUUAGCACCCGCACAGCAACAAAAAGUAGCAACUGAAGUGUCUAUUAUGAGAGAGCUUGCAAAUCUUCGCUUGUAA